AUGGAGAUCUUACUCCUUCUGAACCCCUUCUGGAAAAGGAGGGAGGGCCACUCCACAGAAGUCAUUAAAAAUGGUGACAACUUGUCCAUCAAGCUGCAUCAUGCUUUGAGUCACAAUGACUCAAUGAGGUUGCUGAGUGCAUUUGAUAGCUUUGAGCAAACUGCCCUACCUAAAAAAUCUCACAUCAAUUCAGCGUUUAUUCAGAAACCUGGAACACCCUUCCUAACAAAACCUAUCUACUUGGCCCCUGUUCUGGAAUACCUGAUUGCCGAGAUCCAGGAGCUGGUGGGCAAUGGGGCCUGGGAUGACAGGAAGACCGGCAUCAGACUCCACCACCUGCAACUCACCGUGAGCAAUGACAAGGAGCUCAACAAGCAGCUGGGAAGUGUCACCAUAGCCCAAGGCAGGGUCUUCCCCAACAUCCAGGCUGUGCCUGCCCAAGAAAACUGUACAUCCCAGCAAGGUUUAAGCCUGCAAGUGAAAGAUCAGAAAAAGUGUGUUCCACUAUACAUGUUGACGGCUCCAAACGUUUUGCGAUUUGAAAAUGAUGAAAAUGUGGUUCUGGAAGCCCACGAACUCAAUGCAGAUUUAGAAGUUGACAUUACUUUACAAUUUUUCCCGAAAAAUGACGACAUAAUAUGUAGGAAACAUGAAACUUUACUAUCAAAUAAGGGAUACCUAUCUCUGCCUGUUAAGAUACCCAGAGAUAGAAUUCCAAAAGAAACUGUAUUGCCCAAGUAUGUAGUGUUGGAAGCAAAAUCAGCAUUGUUUAACUUGGAAAGAAUCAUCCUUAUUUCAUAUCAAAUAGGACACAUAUUUAUCCAGACUGAUAAACCAAUCUAUACACCAACUCAAACUGUUUUUUACCGUUUGCUUACUGUGAACACUGAACUAAAACCGACCAAAAGAACCGUUCUUGUUGAUUUUGUGAAUCCACACGAUGUUAUCAUGAAGAGGGAUGAAGUAUUUGCCAAAGAUGAUACUGGCAUGACUGGAAGCACCUUUAAAAUACCUGAGAUUGUGAAUAUUGGAGUGUGGAAGAUUGCUGCAAGUUACAAGGAGGCCAGUCACAUAAAUUACACAACUGAAUUUGAGGUCAAGGAAUAUGUGCUACCGAGCUUUGAAGUUAUCGUGGAGUCAGAAAAGCAUUUUUUCUACAUUGAUGAUAUUAAAUUGGAUGUUUCAAUCACUGCAAGAUUCACUUAUGGAAAACCUGUUGAGGGUCGUGCAUUUGUUCUAUUUGGAAUAAUGAAGGAUGGUGAAAAGAUAAACAUUCCAUCAUCACUUAAAUCAGUAGCUAUUACAGAUGGGCAAGGACACACUUCGCUGACAAGUGGAGCUUUGAAAACCAGCUUUCCAAACAUUCAAGAACUUGUGGGGUGUUCGAUCUACAUUACUGCUAGUGUUAUAACACAUACAGGUAGUGACAUGGUAGAAGCAGAAAAAUCAGGAAUAAAAAUAGUCACCUCUCCAUAUACCAUAUUAUUCACAAAGACUUCCAAGUAUUACAAGCCUGGAAUGCCAUUUGAUCUAAUGGUCUAUGUAACGAAUCCUGAUGGUUCACCAGCCAAUGGAGUCCCAGUGACAGCCAACAAUGACCAGAGCCAUUCGAAAACCCAACUUGAUGGUGUUGCCAGGCUGACGAUAAAUACGGUUGGACAGCCACAAAAUUUACCCGUAAAAGUCGAAACAACUGUUGCCAACACUCCUAAAUCUCGACAGGCCUCUGCAAGUAUGGUGGCAGAACCAUAUAAGACGCAAUAUGGUUCAACGAACUACUUGCACAUUGGCAUUCAACCAGUAGAGCUAAGUCCAGGAAAUAAUUUGGUAGUUAAUCUCAAUCUCCGAAAUGACAAUACAGGAACCCAGAACAAGAUAAAGUACUUUACCUACAUGUUGAUAAGCAAAGGAAAGAUAUUGACAGUUGGACGGCAGCCGAGGGAGUCAGGUCAAAUCGUGGUGAACAUGCUCAUCCCAAUCACCCCUAACCUAAUACCAUCCUUCAGACUGCUGGUUUAUUACUAUUUGCCAAAGGAUGCGCAAACAGAAAUCGUUGCCGAUUCCAUUUGGGUCGAUGUGAAAGACACAUGCAUGGGAAAGCUGAUAGUGUCUGCUGCAAAUAAGCACGAUGAAAAUAAGAUCUACGCACCAGGCAAGCAGUUUCAGCUGAAGCUCACAGGUGACUCUGGGGCAACGGUUGGUCUAGUUGCUGUGGAUAAAGCGGUGUUCAUACUGAAUAAGAAAAAUAAAUUAACACAGAGAAAGAUCUGGGAUGUUGUGGAGAAAAAUGACAUUGGCUGCUCACCUGGAAGUGGUCGCGAUGUUUUUGGCGUUUUCUCAGAUGCAGGAUUAACAUUUAUAACAACCACUGACAUCAAGACUGCUACAAGAACAGAGCUGAAGUGCAAACAGCCAAUGAUACGUAAACGUCGUUCAACGAGUUUAAUGGAUGUUAAGGCGGCUAAAUUGCAUCAGUACACCAAACUACCCCGGAAAUGUUGCAGGGAUGGAAUGAAGGUAAACCCCAUGGGAUUUUCAUGUAACAAGAGAGCAAAGAGAAUAUUAUUUGGCCAAGAAUGUAAAGCCGCCUUCCUAGAUUGUUGCAACCAUAUCACAGAAUUUAAGAUUCAACGCAAAAAAACUGAAAUGACUUUAGCGAGAAGUGAUGAUGAUGAUUACUAUUCUCCCUAUGAAGAUAUAAUAUCCAGAAGUGACUUCCCAGAAAGCUGGCUGUGGAUAUUGAAGACUCUGCCCACAGAUCCCGAAGGACGCGAUGUCACACAGAAAGUAUCUGGUUACCUUAAAGACUCAAUCACUACUUGGGAAAUACAAGCUGUCAGUGUGUCUUCAGAGAAAGGAAUUUGUGUUGCUCAGCCUUAUGAGCUAACGGUGCAGAAGGAUUUUUUCAUUGACCUUCGACUUCCAUUUUCUGUCGUCCGCAAUGAACAAGUGGAAAUUAGAGCAAUCCUGUACAAUUAUGAUGAAGAUGAUAUUCGGGUGCGUGUCGAGUUUCCAUACAAAGAAAACCUCUGCAGCGGUGCAAAACAGACGCAGAAAUUUAGAAAAGAAGUUACUGUUCCUGGAAAAGGAUCUGUUGCUGUGCCUUAUGUCAUAGUUCCGUUGACAAUCGGAGAAAUAGAUAUUGAAGUCAAAGCCUCAGUCUAUGACAGACUUGUUACUGAUGGUGUGAGGAAAUCCCUUCUAGUGAUACUCAUCCUGGAUGCCAACUUCUCAAUUGGAAUUGAAUCUCUGAAACAAAAUAUUGGGUUGUUCGGAAUCGGAAAAUUUUGCCAGAAGGGAAAAAAGUUGAUUUAUUGCAAUCUUACGAGUUGGAUCCCAAAGGCGCAUUAUGAAAUAAAAUUUGUCACCAAGCCACGUAAUGGGAUAUUAGGACAGGUUAUCCAAAGCUUGGGUAAACAACAAGUGUUUAAGAUUAAUGGUACAGUUCCAGAUGACAUUGUUCCAAAUACAGAUCCACUAUCAUUCAUCAGUGUUCAAGGAGACAUUUUGGCCCAAACAAUUGAAAAUGUUAUUGAUGGAACAAAACUGAAACAUCUAAUCAGAGUCCCUACUGGCUGCGGAGAGCAGAAUAUGGCAUCUAUAACUCCAGUUGUGAUUGUCACCAAAUUUCUGGACAAAACUCUGCAAUGGGAAAGGGUGGGAAUGGAUCAAAGAGACAUUGCAUUGAAGAACAUUAAAAAAGGCUAUGCUCAGCAAUUGGGAUAUCGAAAAGAGGAUGGCUCUUUUGCAGCAUUCAUAAGUCGAACUUCUAGCUCAUGGCUGACUGCUUAUGUGGUGAAAGUGUUUGCAAUGUCAUAUAAUUUGGGCAUGAUUGAACCAAAAAUUCUCUGUGGUGCUGCAAAGUGGCUGAUAUUAAAUAAACAGCAACCUGAUGGUCGCUUCAAAGAAGAUGGUCCUGUAGUUCAUGGAGAGAUGAUUGGAGGAGUCCAUGGAUCAGAAAGUGACACCUCACUGACUGCAUUUGUACUCAUCGCAAUGCUUGAGGCUAAAUCUAUUUGUUCAAUUUACAUAGAGAGCAUUGAAGGCAGUAUCAGAAAAGCAGGAGACUACCUGGAAAAUCACAUUGGUAAUCUAAAGAGAACAUAUGCUGUGGCAAUAACAACGUAUGCCCUAUCACUAAUGCAAAUAAACAAACUGGACAUCCUGAUGAGAUUUGCUUCACCAGACCAAUCAUACUGGGCAGAAGCUGGAAAUGUCAACUCUUUGUACACGAUUGAAGCCACAGGAUAUGCCCUUCUUGCUCUUGUGCAGCUCAAGAAAUUUGAGCAAGCUCGUAGACCAGUCAAAUGGCUGUCACUAAGAAGCGAGUAUGGAGGUGGCUUUGCAUCCACACAGGCGACAAUGAUUGCUUUACAAGGUCUAGCCAACUACCAGGCUGCUGUUCCUUCAAUCCAAGAGAUUGACUUAGAUGUCGUUGUAUCCAUUUCUGGCAGACAAAUACCUAUUGUAUGGCGUUUCGACUCAUCAAAUCAAUAUGUAGCAAAAUCAGCAAGGAUGAGCGCCCUCAAUAAGGUAGAGGUAAAGGUGAAUGGGGAAGGACAAGGAACAAUGAAGGUUCUAACUAGUUAUCAUGCUCAGUUGUCUAAACAUGUCAAAGAAUGCAAGAAAUUCAAUUUACAAGUAACUGUGAGAGAGGUGCCUGAAGCUUUAAGACCUGAUGGAGCUCAGAAUUCUCUGUUGAUAAACGUCUGUGCUCGAUAUCUUGGAGAUUCAGAUUCUUCAAUGGUGAUUGCAGAUAUUUCAAUGCUGACAGGAUUUUCUCCAGAUAUGCAAGAUCUUGGAUCGCUGAAAAAUGGAGUGGAAGGAUAUAUAUCGAGAUUUGAACUAGACAAGGCAUUAUCAACCCAAGGAUCACUGAUCGUUUAUUUGGAUUCAGUUUCACAUACAGAAGACACUUGUUUUGGAUUUAAAGUACAUCAGUUCUUCAAAGUUGGACUUAUCCAACCAGCUUCUGCCAAGAUUUAUGAAUAUUACGAUACAGUGAACAGUUGCACUAAAUUCUACAAUGUCAUAGACGGCAGUGGAAUGCUUAAUAAAAUCUGUCAAGGUGAUGUUUGCAGAUGCGCAGAAGGAAGUUGUAUAUCAGUUAAAACUCCUGAUCAACAUAUCUCUUAUAGUCAACAUGAGGAGAAAGCAUGCCGCCCUGGAACUGAUUAUGGAAGUGAUGAUGUUGUGAAUGGACAAUUUAGAGAACUAAUAACUCAUGCCAACUGUGGAGGAACAUUUGAGGUGGACUUGAAAAAAGCCUACCUAAUAAUGGGUCAGGGAUCAGAUUUGUGGGGUGAAGAUAAAAGGAUAAACUAUCUGAUUGGAGAUGGAACCUGGGUUGAAUUUUGGCCAAACGAAGCUGAAUGCCAAGAACGUCGUUACAGCAGACACUGUGAGAUCUUAGAGGAAUUUUCCGAAGCCCUAAUGGUUAAUGGCUGUAGCACUUAA